AUGAUUAUCAAGAUUGAAGCUCACGAGGACAUUUCUAUUAAUAUUGGGACAGCGAAUACUAUUAGACAUGUCAAAGAGAAGAUUCUACAUAGUAUGGGUAUUCCUCUCCAUCAACAACUGCUAGUAUUUGCCGGUGUAGAACUGGAAGAUGGUCAAACUCUUUCUCACUACGAUAUUAACAAUACUUCUACCGUCCAUCUAAUACGGAUGUACUUUGGACUAAAUAACACCAAUGAUAUUUCGGAGGCCACUGUCAAUAUUGAAGAUGGCGGUACAAUCAAACUUCAAAUCGAACCAUUCAAUACAAUCAGAGAGAUAAAAGAAAAGAUUCAAGAUCACGAAGGUAUUCCAGUCGAACAGCAGUUUUUAGCCAUUGGCGGUGUGGAAGUCGAUGAUGAUCAAACUAUCUCCUACUAUAAUGUUGGUAAUGAUUCUAGCAUUCAUCUGAUUAGAAUGGGCUAUGAUACGGGUACGGUUGUUCAUUCUUCGGCAGAUUCAAGUGCAGAAAUAAAUGUUUCAUCCGAACCCAAGCCUCUUUCAGAUUUCUAUAUGGCUUGUCGUGACAACAAUGUUGCAACACUCCGAAGACUUCUUCAAACACUCCCAGUUGAAGAAAUGAAUAAAUUGGAACCAAAUGGAAGUACGGGCCUCCAUGUUGCUUGUUUCAGAGGGCAUCAAGAAAUUGUUAAAUUACUUUUGGAGAAAGGUGUCAGUCGGAGUAUCGUGAACAGAUACAGAUGUUUGCCAUACGACGAAGCUGCAUCAAAUGAUAUUAAACAACUGUUUGAACGCAUACCCGACGAUUCACGCUAUGUGGCCAAUUCCGGUAGACUGGAAUGGCUCCUAGUCGCUGCUAAUACGAAAGCAAUGGCGGCCAGGAAUAUUGAGGCUAUAAAAAAAUAUGGUACUCCUCAGUUUGAACAUUAUGCAAAACAGAUAAUUGAUAACUACAUAAAACCUCAUUUUCGACAAGUCGAGAAAUACGAAGAACUCUUAGGAUUUUUCAAUAUGGCAGUCAUAGAGAAAGAUCCGAGGUAUCUUAUCAAAGCGUAUACAGCUGAAACAGGUUUUUACACAAAACUCAACGUUGACUUAGCCAGUGAAACUGCAGUAGGAAAAGUGGAGCGCCAGAUCUACCUUGGUAUUCUUACUUUCAAUCCUUGCUUUGAUAAAUUUCGUUUCAGCGGCGAGGUUUAUCGUGGCAUGCGUUUAACAGAAGACGAUCUCAAAGAAUACGGAGUCAACAAAAAAGUGAUGACUAAAUCAUUUCUCUCCGGAACAGUCGAUAAAAAUCAGACUGACUAUUUUCUGGGAAAGUUCAAGCGGAAGAAUAUUCAUGGCAGCGAAGUGAAAAUGGGCGUCAUAUGCACUUACAUCAUUCUAGAUAAACAGUGUAGCCUCGAUCUCACGCAUAUAUCUGAAUAUCCUAGUGAGAAAGAAGUACUUAUCUUUCCCUACACUGUCUUUACCGUAACACAAAUCCAGAGUAUCGCACAGAACGAUGGAAAUGCAACGAAACAUAUCACUCUUACGCAAAGCUAG